GGUUUUCUUAUCAAAUUUAAGACAUCUGUUUUGUGUUCUCUCUAGUUCAUUAAACACAACUAAGGAAUACAGGCAGCAUGUUCUACACUGAAGUGCUCAUGAGCAAACGGGGGCCAUUGGCCAAAAUUUGGCUCGCAGCUCACUGGGAGAAGAAACUCACAAAGGCUCAUGUGUUUGAGUGUAAUCUAGAGAUAACCAUUCAAAAAAUUAUUUCACCUAAGGUGAAAAUUGCGCUCCGAACUUCAGGACACCUUCUUUUGGGAGUUGUUCGAAUCUAUCAUAGGAAGGCAAAAUAUCUUCUGGCAGAUUGCAGUGAAGCAUUUCUUAAGAUGAAGAUGACAUUUCGCCCAGGACUAGUUGACCUCCCAAAAGAGAAUUUUGAAGCAGCUUAUAAUACUAUCACAUUACCAGAAGAAUUUCAUGAUUUCGAUGUCUGUUAUAUGAAUGAUAUUAAUAUUUCAGAGCCCGUUGCUCCACACCAGAGUAGACCUGAGGAGAUCACACUUAGAGAAGAAUAUAGCAAUGCUCUGCCUCUCCAUGCCGGGAGCUUUGGGGAUGAACCUGAGCUCCUCAGAAGACAUGGCUCCUUUGAAGACAACAUAUUAAUGAACUCCAGUGGCCUUGCAGUUGAACAUAGCUCUGGAAGCCUCACUGAGGAGAAAUCUUUCCUCUUUGACAAUGGAGAUGGAUUUGGGGAUGAAGGAACUGCAGGAGAAAUGAUUGACAAUCUAUUGCAAGAUGAGAGCACCUUUCUAGAAGACAUAUGUUUGAACAAAGAAAUUUCCCUGCCUCCUGAGCUUCCCAGUAGUAUAGUAGUCGAACCAGGUAACUCAGAUGACCAAUAUCUACCUGAAGAUGACAAAAUAAAUGAAACAACAUUACUAUCAAAUGAAGAGGAAGGAUUUACUCUUGGCCCAGUUGAUGGUUUAGACAUUGCUGGUGGUAGAAGGAAAAGGAAAAAGAGGAGAUUGCUCGUAGACCCGGUCAAGGAGAUUAGCAGCAAGAUGAUGCACAAGCAGCUUACUUCCUUUGUGGACACUCUGAUGGUCCUGGACCUUGCACCUCCCACACAAAGGCUGAUGAUGUGGAAGAAGAAAGGAGGAGUGGAUACACUUCUGUCAACUGCUACCCAGGAUUUGAUUCACGAUGAGUUGAAAAUGUUGUUUGCAAAAUGUCUCCUGUCCACUGACUUUAAACUUGUGAAACUGAUACAGAAGGAAGUAAGAAAGCAAAACUUUCCAGAACCCUCAGUGAUGGAAGACCCAAAUUCCCACAGAGAAGUGAACCAAUCCAAAGCUUGGAAGGAUGUGGUUGAUGACUCUGUGGGUAGCUUUCAGGAGGACAUCAACAUGAAUAUUAACUCUGAGCAGGAUAUUUUUGAAACCAUUUCUCUAGCUGGUGAGAGACUAUCUUCAACGAAUACUUCGUUGGUCCAAGAAAACGGUACAACUGAAUUGGAGUCAUCAGGCAGCAAAGAAAAUACUGAGGCAGAGAAAUGGAAUCAAAGAUUAUUUCAGACAUUAAAUGAAUUACGGGAAUCCAACAAGAUGGGAAUGCAGUCAUUUAGUCUGAUGGAGCUAUGCAGAAACAGCAACCGAAAACAGGCAGCUGCCAAAUUUUAUACCUUUCUUAUGCUGAAAAAACAUCGGGUUAUUGAGCUGAGCCAGAGUGCUCCCUAUGCAGACAUUAUAGCUACAGUGGGACCAGUGUUCCAUAAGAUGUAAACUAAGUCCACAGCACGCAGGUUUGUACUGUCACCGGCACUUGUACAUAGACUGUUCGCUUUGAUGCAGAAGCCAUCAGGAAGCGGCUGAUGGUCUGACCCAUUUCCUAGCAGGUGGCCUUCCAUUUUCUGUCUGGAGGUCAGAGCAAACACAGCCUGAAUUGGAAACCUGUGGGGGGACAGUUAAGUAAUUUUUUUUAACUUAGCUGAUGUGAAUAUAUGAUACUUACCGUUGCCCUGAUCUGAAUGUUGCAUUUAGUAUGUGUUUAGGAUAUGUUAUAAAACACAGUUUACCUCCAGGAAACAUUCAAGGGUGUUUUAAAAGCACUGUUUUAUGUUUGAUUGUUAAAGCUUGUAGGGCUAAUGAAUAGUUGAUAUUUUCUUAUGUGUAGAUAUUAAUUUAUUUGAUUUUUCUAUCAUUCAUAGUGCCUAAUUCCCUGGGCUUUAAUCUAAUAUCUUAGUUAAAGAUUUAUAAAACUUGUUUUAAAUUAUCUUAGCGACUUUUAUUGUUAGCAUUAAUGUCUUAGCAAAA